GGCGCGCCUCGGGAGCGCGCGCGCGUGUGCGCGACCGGUUCGACGCCCCAACCCCCUCCCCUUCCUCCACUGCGCCUUCCUUCCGAGAGAGCGAGCGAGCGGAGGGAGGGGAGCGGCAUUUACAUGACUUGAAGAUAAAAGAUGAAUGGAAUGCUAUCAUUGAGUCACCUAAAGGAUCUAUAUUAUGACCCCUAUCAUUAAGUAAUGCUUAAUAGAAAAAGAAGACCACCAAAUAGCAAUCAGAAGUAAUUAUUACCUUACUCAGGCAUCAAUGAAUACAUCAUUCAAUCCCAGUCGACCUUCUUCAUCAGAGUUGGUGGAGCUUCAUGUUUUUUAUGUCCCUGAAGGAUCAUGGAACUAUAAGCUAAAUACCAUUUCAGUAGAAGUAGUCAGUAAAUUUAUUUCAGCUGGAUUUAUAAGGGUGUCACCUCAUCUUACUUUACAAGCCUUGAGGGAGCAGCUGGGUGAGUUCCUGGGUGAAGAGGCUGUUGCAGAAAAAUUUUUAUUUUUGAAAUGCAUAGGAAACAAUUUAGCUGUGGUGAAGACAAAGCAAGAAAAGGAACUGAAACUCAAGUCAUUUGCUCCACCAUUUGCUCUUCAACCAGAAUUAUAUUUGCUUCCCAUAGUGGACCACUUAGGAAAUAUUUAUUCAUCAUCAUCGUCAUCAUCUACUGUGGGAGAUAUGCAGCAGAAUAAUGUUUCUGAGGAUGAUAAAGCUGCUCAGCAACUAGAUAGUUGCAAAACUUCUUCAAGCCAGAAACCUGAAAAAGAUCCAAGCCUUUUAGAACAUAUUACUAAAGUUCCUCCCCUCAGAAAUCAGGAAGAAGGUAAAAAGAAUAAGGAAGAAGAACCUGUUGAGUCCCAUGUGUAUGAUGAUUUAAGUCUUGCAAAUACAGAAAUCGGAAACAAUUCAGCCAUUUCAAAAAUCCGUAUAAAAGUGUCUCCCAAUGAAAUUUGGGAAGAUUGUAAUACUGUUUUACCUUGGAAUAAUGUCAAGGAUCAGGCACAAAGAGACAGUGCUCACAUUUUGCUCAAAAGAAGAGUCAGCCUAAAAGACAACAAGAUUAAAAAGUACCGAGCAAGAAAGCAUGGAUUUCUAGAAGCAUUGGACGAUAAACGUAUGUUACGUGGCCAAAAAAAAAGCCAAUUCCUGUGGGACAACGGAGACAAGAUCACUGGUGCCAGUAGAAGAAAGGAAGAUCUGUCAGGUGACGAAGAGUAUGACAACAAGCCUCCAGGCCCUUCUGCUCCUCCUUCACUACCACUCCUAGCUUUUGCUCCAGGAAUACUUGAAUCCUCUGUCUUACAAAAUGAGAGAUUCAAGAUUAUGCAACAAAUGAAGCAAGUAAAGGAAGAAAGAGGUCAUUUGGAAGAGACGAAAGAAGAACUGUUGAAAAAAGUUAAAACUUUAUUUGAACAAAGCAAACUGAAAAGAUACCGUGCCCAGGAAGCUUGGAAGAAAAAGUAUUUUGAAACCAAGAAAAUCACAGGUUCAUUGGAAGAAGUUUUAACUAAACUUCAAGAAGAUUUAGAACUUUAUUAUAAAAAAUUGCUCAUGCAGCUAGAAGCUAGGGAGAUCAAGAUGCGGCCAAAGAAUCUGGCAAACAUUGAAGACUCAAAGAAUAGUCUCAUAAUCCAGAUCACUGAAGUACAGCAUGCAAUUGACCAACUGAAGAGAAAACUGGACACUGACAAAAUGAAACUCAUGAUAGAAAUUAAGAUGAGAAAACAAGCAAUUUCAGACAUACGAACAUUAAAAAUGGAACUGGAACAGAAGAAAACGAAAGCAUCUUUAAGCUCCUAGUCAAAUGUAUUUACUUGGAACUGUCUUAUUUUUCAAAAUAUUUAGACUUAUUUGAAGACUGUCCAUCCAUUGUUCUUGCCAAUGUUUCUUUAUAAGCCUUGUGUCUCUAUUCCAUUUUCAUAUUGAGUUUAUAAAGUGACUCAGGAAAUGUUAAGCACAGUAUACUUCUUCAAUACUUUGAGGAUCUGUGAUUUUGUCAGAGUGGGUACUCCUUCCACUAAGACAGAUCACACCCCCUCCACAAGUUGGAAGAUGAACUUUGAGAGUAGCUUUGGUAAAAAGAAAGAAAGAAAGAGAGAGAGAAAGGAAGAAAGAGAGAAAAAGAGAGAGAGAGCAGUGAAAAGCCAAGUAAUUUGUUCAGGGCAUUAUUUAGUUAUUUUUGAGUAUUUCAAGAUGACUGGACUUCAUUUCACAGUAAAGUAUUUCAGUAUUCAAUUGCUGGGUUUAAGAUAAUUCAUCUAGGAGUUAAGAACAAAGGUCCAUUUAUUAGUUUUAGCAAACCACCAUGUCUUGGUACAAAAGGCUACAUUGAUUUUUUUUUUAUGUAACCUUGAUAAUUAAAAGAAUAAUAAAUAUUUUAUUUUAACUAAACAGCCGCCUAAGAAUCUAAGACUGAGGAAAUUGAGUUUACCAUUUGGAGCACUCAAGAGGAAACUCCUGGGAUGAGUAUCUAAGAAGUGUCUUAUUAACAUAUUUUAGAAGCAUAGAAACCAUCAGUAAUUCAAAAUAGACUAUGAAACAUCAUCCUUUUGACUGGAUGUUCCAGGCAUUCUGCUAUAUGCCCUAGACCUAGAAAGGAUGGUCAAAUUUUGCCUGCUUUUAUUCUGAUUAACAGGAAAAACAGUUAAGAAAGACUAGAUUUGUAUGAGUCCAGGGUUCAUAGGAACAGGUUUAUAAUGUCCCUAGACAGUUAUACAGCCAGUGCUAUCAAAAUGAAAAUAAUAAUUUAACAUAAUGCUGUUGUCUUUACAAUUUGCCAUAUUGAAAAAGCAGAGGGUUCUGAAUUGAAACCUGGCUAAAGGGUUAGGAAAAUUCUAAAUAUUAAACUACUGUGUUUUAGAAAGAGAAAUAUUAGUUCAUAAACUAACGUCAUGAGGUUAAAAUUAGAAGCAAAAUCCCAAUGUGGGAAAAUAUUGUAAAUUUAAAACAAACAACUUAGCAAUAAGGUUGUCAAUGAAUAAAUUACAGAUGCACAGAAAAGGAUCUUAGGAGAAUUGUUUCAUCAAGAAUAGCAUAAGAAUAAUAUCAGAUUAUCCACUAAGUUAUCCCUAUAGUAAAUUUAAUAAUAAUAAAAUUCUUCUUGAAAAUAUCUGUCUCAAAAGCAUAAUUUAGCUGAAAAUUUAGGUACCACCACCAUACUAGUUUAAAAGAUUAUCUUUUUUUAAAAUUAUCUGGGCCAACUCUAUAUCUUUUAUCUUAGAGUCUAGAGUCUAGAGGUUGGGAUGAAGCAAAAAGCACUGAGGUGCUACUUUGAGAGAAGAAAUCACUGAACCAAUAUCCCAUUCUCCCUUUAACAAUGCAUUGGCCCUAAGGAGAAGACAUUCUAUAUUAAUUUUAAUAUUAGGUUUGUUGGACAAAUAAAAUUACAGAGUGAAUUGCUUUUCAGAGAAUAGGCAUUUUUUAAAAAAAUCUGUCCUAAGCAAACUAGGUUUCCCUUUACAAAAGUUUUAGAGCUUUCUGCAUAGUU